AUGGCCGAUAUACUCGUCAGCCGCCUCUUGCCCGCACUGGACGGGUCUCUUAAAUCGUCCCAUAAGUCGAUAUCUACAGACUAUAACGAUGUUGAAGUGUUUGGUCUUUAUUUAGCAACGGCCAUGGAUCUUAUCACAGCCUACAUAUUUGGUCUCUCUAACGCUACGAACUUCAUCUCCGAUGAGCCUUAUCGCCGUGACUGGCAGGACAUGUAUCUUGCACGGGCCAACUACCCUUUCUGGACGCAAGAAGUUCCAAAGUUGACAAGCUUUUGCAAAAGAUGGAUUCCUUGGCUCAAGCUCUAUCCGCAGUGGGUUGAUCAGUCCAAUAAAAAGCUCUCCGAUUGGAACUGGGAACUCUGUGAGAAUGUCCGGAAGACGUCCAAAGCGACAAGAAGCCCCAGUAACAGUCAAGACAUUCAGCGAUCGGACGAGCCAGUAGUCUACAACUCACUGCUUGCUGGGAUAGAUCGUGAGUUUAAGACCAAUGGAGAAAAGAGCAUUCUAUACACUACAAGCAUUCUUCAACGAGAUCGAGCCAUUGCGUCUGAGGUUAUGGAUCACUCUCUGGCUGGACAGGAGACGGCUGGAAUUGCUCUCACUUAUGCAACAUGGCAUAUUUCAAAAUCUCCGGAACUUCAACGACAGCUUCAUGCUGAGGUCCAGUUGCUUAAGCCAUCUUUGGUGAUUAACCCGAAAGCUGCAUCUGGACUCACAAACACGUCGGCUUUUCCAGAUCCUAAGGAAGUCGAUUCCCUACCGCUCUUACACGCUAUUGUCACCGAGACGCUGCGUCUCCAUGCGCCUAUUCCAGGACCCCAACCGCGCCAGACACCUGAACAUGGGUGUAACAUAGCAGGAUAUUAUAUCCCCGGCGACGUGAGGAUCGCAUCACUGGCAUAUACGCUACACCGGGACAAAGAAGUGUUCCCCGAACCUGAGGAGUGGAAACCAGAGCGUUGGAUAUCACCAACCCCUGGGAAAUCACCAGAUGAUGAGGGGAAGCAUCGCGAGAUGCAAAGGCUUUUCUGGGCUUUUGGAAGUGGUGGACGGAUGUGUGUCGGCUCCAACUUCGCCAUGAACGAGAUGAAGUUUAUUUUGGCGUUCAUCUACGCCAACUUUGAGACUUCCAUUGUUGAUGAUGAAGGUAUCGAGCAGGAAGAUGCGUACACGGCGAGGCCAAUUGGCGAGAAGCUGGUCAUCAGGUUUACUCCUUUGAAGAAAUGA